UUAGAUUCCAGAGCAGCUCGCUCCCAUAAACUAUCCCACAUGAACACUUAAAAAACAUUAACAAAUCGAAACUAAACCCAUAUUCAUACACAAAAAGCAUAAAAACCUUUAAGACUUGUAAACAAAAUAUGGGCGACGAAGAUGUGCCCGCCUUGGUGCUGGACAACGGAUCGGGAAUGCUGAAGGCCGGCUUUGCCGGCGACGAUGCGCCGCGUGCUUUGUUCCCCUCGAUGGUGGGACGACCGCGUCACCAGGGCCCCAUGGUGGGCCUGGGCCAGAAGGACUCGUAUGUGGGCGAUGAGGCACAGUUCAGGCGCGGCAUACUCACCCUGCGGUAUCCCAUCGAUCACGGGAUCGUGAUGAACUGGGAUGACAUGGAGCAGAUCUGGCAUCACACCUUCUACAACGAGCUGCGCGUGGCCCCCGAAGAGCAUCCGGUGCUGCUGACCGAGGCACCGCUCAACCCGAAGGUCAAUCGCGAGAAGAUGACCCAGAUUAUGUUCGAGACCUUCAAUACACCAUCGAUGUAUAUGGCCAUUCAGGCGGUGCUGGCGCUGUAUGCCUCCGGCCUGACCACCGGGAUUGUCUUGGACUCGGGGGACGGUGUCACACACACUGUGCCCGUCUACGAGGGCUAUGCCUUGCCCCAUGCCAUCCUCCGACUGGAUCUGGCCGGACGCGAUCUCACCGAGCAACUGAUGAAGAUUGUGGCCGAGUGCGGCUAUGCCUCGCCCACCACCCGCGAACGGGAGGUGGUGCGCGAGAUCAAGGAGGGUCUGUGCUAUGUGGCCCUUGAUUUUGAGAUGGAAAUGGCCACAGCCGCCACGGGUGUGGCGUUGGAAAGAUCAUUUGAGCUGCCCGAUAAGCAGGUGAUAACCAUUGGCAACGAGCGUUUCCGGUGUCCCGAGUGCCUGUUCCAGCCCUCGAUGCUGGGCAUGGAGGCGUGCGGCAUUCACGAAACCACGUACAAUUCGAUUAUGAAGUGCGAUGUGGAUAUCCGCAAGGAUCUGUAUGCCAACAUUGUCCUAUCCGGCGGCAGCACCAUGUUUCCGGGUAUCGUCAAUCGCAUGCAAAAGGAGAUCACUGCCCUGGCACCAUCCGCCGUGAAGAUGAAGGUUAUUGCUCCGCCGGAGCGCAAGUAUUCGGUGUGGAUUGGUGGCUCCAUUCUGGGCUCGAUGAGCACUUUCCGUCAGAUGUGGAUCACAAAGCAGGAGUACGACGAGUCGGGCCCCUCCAUUGUCCACCGAAAGUGCUCGUAAGUGUUGUGCUUUCGCAUCUUCCGGCGUAUUGGGCCUUCCUUCCGGUUAAAUGCAAUACUUUUACACAAUCUUUGCACUGCGCUUAAUUGCUUGUGUUCGAAAUUCAAGUUGCCAUGCAGAUUGGCAUAAAAUGUAUUCAUUUUUGGCUUUGACAUUACCUCCAUUACCACAAAUAUACGCCUGUAAACAUUAAUAAAGUUGUAAAAAAACGAAUAAUUGAUGAAUAAUUAGUUUACAUUAUAAAUCAAA